UUGUAGGCCGAGUCGGUCUCGUUGGUGACACACUGCGUGCCCGCGGCUUCGUUCAUUAAACUUCACAAUGAUUGAGAGGUGAAGGCCGACUGCAUUGCUGAGCCGAACUUCGCGGUACUACGGAUUUGGCACCUGAUGUUUGUCAUCGUAUUGUCCCUGGCUGUGGCGGCUUACGCCGUGCCGCUGGUGGCGGUGGCCCCGGCAGAGUACGCCGCGCCUGCGCACUACGAGUUCUCGUACUCCGUGCACGACGAGCACAGCGGCGACGUGAAGCAGCAGCAGGAGGCUCGUGAGGGCGACGCCGUGCACGGCUCCUACUCGCUCGUGCAGCCCGACGGCGUGCACCGCAUCGUCGAGUACACCGCCGACAAGGAGCACGGAUUCAACGCCAACGUGCGCUACGAGGGCACCCCCGUGCACCCCGCUCCCGUCGCCAAGCUGGCCUACGCCGCUCCCGUGGCCAAGCUCGCCUACGCCGCUCCCGUCGCCAAGGUAGCCUACGCGCCUGCCCCCGUGUCCUACGCUCACGCUCCAGUGGCCUACUCCGCGCCCGUCGCCAAGCUCACCUACGCCGCGCCCGUAGCGCACGUCACUUACUCCUCUCCUGCCAUCUCCUACCACCACUAGAUACCCUUGUUAUAUAGUUAGACUGUUCUAUUUAU